AUGGCGGCCCUUGCCCGCCUGCUGGAGCGUCUGCUCUGGCCGGCGCAAAAGGAGGAGGGGGCAGAGGAGGAGGAGGGGCGCAGGACUCCCAAUGGGCCUCCUCGGUUCCUCCUGGACGCCCCGCGAUGCGCUCAGCGGCCGCACGGGGGUGAGGCAGCCUCUUGGGGCCUGCGCUUCGGAGCGAGCGCAGCAGGUUGGCGCGCGCACAUGGAGGACGCGCAUUGCGCUUGGCUCGCGUUACCCGGGCUGCCCCAGGGCUGGGCUUUCUUUGCUGUCCUCGACGGCCAAGGCGGAGCGCGAGCAGCCCUCUUCGGCGCGCGCCACCUGCCCGGCCACGUGCUCUUGGCGUUGGACCCUGCGCCUGGCGAGCCAGAGGGCGUGCGGGCGCUUCGCCUGGCUUUCUGGAGCGCAGACGCACGCCCGCGCUCGCUGCCCCGCGGCGAACCAGGCGGCUCUACCGCGGUGGUGUUACUCGUCUCCCCGCGCUUUCUGUACCUGGCACACUGCGGUGACUCUCGCGCGGUGCUGAGCCGCGCUGGAGCUGUGGCCUUCAGCACCGAGGGCCAUGGACCCCUCCGGCUCCGGGAACGCGAGCGUAUCCGUGCGCUUCUCUGCGCGCAGCAGUUGGACACGUGCCUGUGCAAGGUCCUGGGGUGGGACACGGCCGUGGACACCAGCUCCGAGAUCACCACCAAGGACUUAAAGGAGAAGCAGGAAGUUGUGGAGGAGGCAGAGAAUGGAAGAGAUGCACCUGCGAAUGGGGACGCUGAGAAUGAGGAAAAUGGGGAGCAGGAGGCUGACAAUGAGGGCAGCCUGGACAACAUGACCUGCAUCCUGGUCUGCUUCCCCCGGGGCCCCCAGGUUGCGAGGAGGAAGGAGCUAGAGCUGCAUGCAGCCUUGGGCCGCAGGGUGGCAGGUGGGCAAGCUCUUUUAGAAGCUCAGCGGGAGGGGUGGUCGGCAGGGGCACUCCCAUCCCUGCUGUGUUCCUCUGCCCAGGAGCCCCCCAGCCUGAACAAGGUGUUCAGGACUCUGGCCUCUGAGGACAUCCCGGAUUUACCUCCUGGGGGAGGGCUCUACUGCAGGGCCGCUCUCAUCCCUGAAGCUUAUUCUCAGCUCUUCCAGGCCUCAGGGCAGCGCUGGGAGAAGGCGCAGAACGGGGCUGGGAAGGCCACUGGCACCCAUCCAAGCUCUGCCUUGGACUUCAGGCCUGACAGCUGUCGUCCUUAG